AUGAUACCAUCACUGAUCAUCUUUGUCCUGGCCCUCCUGGGCAGCACAGCCUCACUGCUACUGGGUGGGGAGCCUACGACCUCAUCCUCAGGAGAAUUUGGGGCUGGAGUUGGCACCUCCUUUUCCUUUGCCACCUACCGCCAGAGGGGGAAAAUCACCGGCUUUCGGAUCCGGGAGCAGCCAGGUGGGAUCAUCACGGGCAUCCAAUUUCAGUUUGAGCACUCCUGGACCAGUUACUAUGGUUACGAAGGGGACGUCAUCCACGAGGUCCUCCUGGAUCCAGAGGAAGUCAUCACUCAGGUCUCCGGGAAACACCACUGCUUCAUCUAUCAGGUCAUCUUUGGCACCAACCUGGGGCGGCAGUUCUACAUCGGCCAGUCUCUGGGCACGUCCUUCAACGCCCACCCUCUGAGCACCGAGGGCCAUCUCCUCUAUGUUAGCGGACACCACAACAGCAUGGGCCUCACGGGCCUCUGCUUUCACUGGGAGGAGCCCAGGAAGGUCUAG